GGUGAACAAAGAGUCACAGGUGAAGCAAUCCUGGGGUUGGAACUUAGAAAUAUCGGAAACAAGCGCCGCCCAAAGGUCUACAGUGGCAAACAGAUCCGAGUGUACAUCACCGGUUAUUAUCGAACGAAAGCCGACUUCUUUCAAAUCUCAGCCCUCACUCCGUUUGCUACUCAUUGAUUUGCACCUGUGAGGUUUCUCAAAAACGAUGUUGAAGCUGAAGCAUUUCCAGCAACUCUGGCGUUCUGGGAGCAGAGGAAAUUUGAACAUCUUUAGAAACAAUUAUUACUACUUCAGUGAAGGGGAUGCAUUCUUUUCCAACAGAUUAUGCACGCUGACAGGGAUGAGUGAAGUUGAUGACCUGCCUAAGACAACUGAGUCUCCAGAUCUUCCAGGUUGGGUCAAAUUUCCUGAUAAAACAAAACAGGGUGUUUCUGGCAUAACUGAGGAUGAUGAUGAUGAUGAUUUUGUAAUACCUUCAUUGUGGGAUUGGAUUGAAAAGGAUAAACCUAGUAGACAAGAAAUUGAUGUCGAUGGUUUAAAAAAUGAUGCUGUCACUGAUGUUGAUAAAAUAUCAGAGACUUUAAAGAAUCAUUUUAAGUCUCCAGAUGAUGUUGUUCAAGCAUUAGAUGUCUUCAGUGUUGAUGUGUCUGAAGAACUCGUGGAGAAAAUUUUGAAAAGAUUCAGCUUUGAGUGGAUAAAAUUAUAUGGAUUUUUUAAGUGGGUAAAGCUUCAAUCAAACUUCAAGUUCCCUUCUUAUUUGUACAAUUUGCUUAUUGAUAACUUGGGGAAGGCAAGGAACUUUGUUGUGAUGUGGGAAGUUGUGGAAGAAAUGAGUGUUCUUUAUGGUAUCACAUUGGAAACCGUCACUGUAGUCAUUAGAAGGCUUGCAAAGGCUGGUCAGUAUGAUGAUGCAAUAGGGGCAAUUCCAAGAUUUGAGCAAUUUGGAGUUCCUAAGGAUACAAAUAUGGUGAAUAUAUUAAUUGAUGCAUUGGCGAAGGGUGGAAGUGUGGAACGUGCUUAUGAUGUUUAUUUACAAGAAAAACUUCAUGCAUCCCCAAAUCUAACUACAUUCAAUAUGUUAGUCCACGGAUGGUGCAAAAUUAACGACAUAGAGAAAGCCAAGAGAACCAUCCAAGAUAUGGUGAGGCAUGAUUUCUCUCCUGACUCCGUCACUUACACUUGCCUUAUUGAAGCUUAUGGUCGUGAAAAAGAUUUUCGCAAAGUUGAAGCCACCUUAGAUGAAAUGCAAAGGAAGGGGUGCCCUCCAAAUGUAGUUACAUAUUCAAUAGUCAUGAAAGCCUAUGGACUUGCUAAGGAGCACAAUAAGGCUCUAGAGAUAUAUGAGAAAAUGAAGGAAAAUAGUCUUCUUGAUGCUCAUGCUUAUGGGAUUCUGAUCAGCAUCCUAUAUAGCUCUGGAAGACUCGGUGGUUCCACUGAUGUAUUCGAGGACAUGGCCAAACAAGGAAUAACUCCUAACUUGCAGAUGUUCAAUGUGAUGAUCCGUCAUGCUGCCAAGAGCUUGAAAGAAGAGGAGGCACUCAAAUUACUCAAGAAAAUGGAAGAGUGUCAAUGCAAGCCUGACCUUGACACAUAUGCACCUUUGUUGAAGAUGUGUUGCAAACUAAAAAGAAUGAAAGUUUUGUCUUUUCUGAUAGACCACAUGCACCAGAAUGAUGUCAGCUUGGAUCUUGGGACAUAUGCUCUUUUAAUUAGUGGGCUUUGUAGGUGUGGGAAACACAAGCGUGCUUGCUCCUUCUUUGAGCAAUCAGUUCAGAAAGGGAUUUUGCCAACAGAAACCAUGCACAAGAAACUUGUUCAAGAACUUGAGAAGAAGGGCAUCCAUGAAGAAAAGAAAUACAUUGAACAACUGAUGAUUGAAGCUGGAAAGCACACUUCUGAAGAGAGACCGGAGAUCAACUAUGGUUAAGUAAGGCUACUUAAAUUUUUCAAUGGAUCCAAAUCCUAAAAUGUGUAGCCAUUUUUAGAAACUUUAAAUUGAUUGCCUACACAUUUGAUGGUAAAACGGCAGUAUGGCUUAGUUACUUUCAUAUCUAGGAUAACAGGCUGUUAGAUAAGCCCGAAGCUUAGUGGUUGAUUUAAUACAUUAACGUGAAGUGUGAAAUUAUUUGUGCUUUUGACUCUCAGCUGUAAGCUGGCAUGAAAACCCAACCCUCUAUUAUUGAGGAAAUUUUCCAACAUAUAUAUUUAGAAUUUAGAUUUUAUAUUUUUAUCCGAUUUCUUAUUAUUCUAGCAGAAAACUUGGUGUUGUUCAAAUCACCCAAAUGCAAACCAUGGUCAAUAAUAAGUCUUUUUAGCACCUUAACUUGAUUCUUAGGUUUGGCGCAAACAAAAUGAGUUUCGUCACAUGCUCUUAGAAGAUCUUGAGUCAGGUACUUGAGUAAUUAAAUAUCACAACUGGCUGAUUAUGUAUGAAGUUAAAGUUGCAUUUAGCAUAGACAUCUUAUGUUCCUUACAGGAUGAUAGGUUCAUGGAAAUCUUUUCAUCACGUUAGGUAUUUAUGAUCAUGUGAUGUACUAAAUGGCUAUUUAUUACAGAGUAUGUAUUAUAAUAAUAAUAAUAAUAAUACGUUGUUAAGUUUAGUAUUGACAACUAUUUAUUUCUUCUAUGCUUCAUGUUACGUCAAUGGAAAACUUUCUUUCAAUAAUGUUCUCCAUCUGAAACACUCCAUGAAAAGCUGUUGGUCACAUAUUUUUUGAAGAUGUUUGAUAAGUUUGUAUUUCAAAGUACGUUUGUGUGUUUGAAAUAGGUAAUACAUUGUUGUAUAAUUAUGUUGUGUCAUGUAAU